AUGUCGCGUCCUUCUACUCCUGACCGCCGCCCAACGCCGGUCUUGCGAAGAGACAUAAGCAGCACGCCGAAUCGUCGCCCCAACGGGGAGCGAUCAAAGUUCUGCGGGGCUGCUCGCAAUGGCAACAGUGUAGCGCAGGGACACGACACAGCAGGAGGGCGCAGCGAGAGCAUCACCAACACGGCAGGGCACAACACAACAACGGGGCCACUGCGAAGUUCCCAGUUGUUUGCUGAUAGACCUGUGAUGACCACUCUCCAACGCCGCAUGUACGGUCCGCCGCCAACGAAUCCAAAAGAAGCGGAGGAGUUCUGGGCACGCAUGCGAGAAGAAAACGACCGCCUCGCUGAAGAACAUGAGAAGGUCUGUCAAAGUAAAGGCAUUACAUUUCGUCCUCCAGCACGACGCUCUGGCUCUAGUGUGACACGUAGUGGAACGGACGCCCAUCCAACAGGCAGUCGUCGUGCAGCAACUGAAGCGACAACACCUCUUCCCUCCUCACGCCGACGCACAGCAUCUAGAACUGGAAGGGUGCGUCGAACUGGUUCUACAGGAAGUUUAAAAAAACCAGAUACACCUGUAAGGAAGACGAAUGGUUACGCUCCUACUCCUAAUAAUGAUAAACAUCAUACUUCAGAUACUACUAUUCCUUCUGCUACUACUAUUAAUACUCCUACCCGUGCUACGAGGGUAAAGCAGCGAAGUACGGCAAAUGGGGUAGCGGCUCGACCAUCACUUACGCGGUCACGACCUACCAUUUCUGUGGCUGGUACUUCUUCUUACGGUAAUACUCGACAAACAAACGGAGCGGGACCUUAUACAGGAUCACAUAUACAUCAAAGAAAUGGUAUGCCCCCUAAAGGAGAAGGUGAGAAAGUUCAACGACGCCGUGUCUGUAGUACUCCAUCAUUUGGAGAGCUCUCUCGUGGGGCUUCACCAGAGACAGUCUCCUCACGCCGGUUAAACUGCAGAACGGAGACAGCACCAUAUGUUGAGGUAAGCGGCGGUGAACAAUCAGAUCGCUGGUCUCCAAAGAAAUUACAGUAUGACCAAUCCGAAUCUGCGCCGGUGCCGGAGGAGUGA